AAUUUUCUUUUUUUCAAUCGCGCCCACAAAAAUGUUGAUUUGGCUUGCGGAUGCGUUUUAAGUAAUUUAGAAAUGAAACGAGGACGUAGGCUGAAAGUUAUUGGUCCAUUUCCGUGGGAGGAGCAGGAGGAGUCCAGAAAAGCUUCUCCCGUUUUAGAUGGAACCGUAUCGGAAUUACGUCAAGAUGUCAUCGAUGCAGACAGUGUUAUUCCCAAGAAGAAACGAAUCGAUCGCUGUCGUAAUUGGAUUCUGGAACAGCAAGCGAACAAUGCUCCUGAAGAGGUGCCUGAAACGGCCCCGGAUAACGAUGAGGAACCUGUGCUGGACGACCCGGAACCGAUGCCGAACGAAGGACCUCCGCAACCUCUCCGCCGACAGUUGAAACAUUACAGCGAGAAAGAAAUUCGUAAUUCCGUUAUGUUCGAGUGCGAGUGGCUAAGGUGCGGUUUCGAAACAAUCGAUGAUCUGGUUUAUUCGGUGCACGUCGAAAGUCACAUGCAAGAAUAUGGCACGGAUUACGGGGAGUUCUGUUGCCACUGGGACCUUUGUGGGUUCAAAACAGAGAACCGACAAGAGCUGGAAAGUCAUCUUCACUUCCACGCGUACCACCAGCGAAUGAAAACAUACGGGGCCAGUUUAUGCCAGUUGGUUACGAUGCCGAAAUGUAACAAUGACAGCCGAAGACGGAACAGUAUAGAACAAUUCGAGACAACGGCUUUUCGUUGCGGAUGGGAAGAUUGUGGAGAAAAUUUCACCAAGGCGCAGCUAUUCUUUAUGCACACUCACAGCCACAUCCAGGAUCAAUUCCCCAUAGACAGAAAGUCUAGCAAAGAGGAGAUAACGUGCCUAUGGGAGGGUUGCUCUCAACGAUAUAAAAAGCGAAGCAUUGCUCUGGAACACAUGCGGAGCCAUUCGAGGGAGCGUAUCAUUGGUUGUUACACGUGUGGGGCCAUCUUCGUAUCACGUCUCAAACUGAUCGACCACUGCAGACGUCAAGCGGAUUACCAUAAUCGUGAGUUUACCUGCCCAGAAUGUAACAAACUGUUUGCCACCAAACAACUGAUGAACGAUCACAGACAUGUGCACAGGAAACGCUUUGCAUGUUCGCUUUGUCCGAUGAUGUGGCCCUCGCAGAAAGCAAUGCUGUGUCACAUCCGAUACCGGCACAUAGACGAAAAACCAUUCAAAUGCACGAUUUGUGACCAUCGUACCGUCACGAUGACAGACCUUGAGAUCCACAUUUUGACGCAUGACGAUCGGCGGAUUUUCCGUUGUGAAGAAUUUGGUUGUGAUGCCGCCUUCAAAUGCCAGAAGUCGCUGAAAACACACGUCGAUGCAGUGCACUGGGCUAGCCCUGGAAUCUAUGGAUGCCACGUGUGUGAAAAACAGUUCAAACAUGGCGGCACUUUAUCCAAGCACCUGAUCAAGAUACACAACUUCAAACGACCGCCCGGUUAUACCAGAUUUACUUAUAGAGCUGAUCGUGAUGGCGUUAACCGUUUGCUGUGGACUGAGAAUGGCGAUACGGUCAGUAACAAACCACCGCCGGAAGAACCCGUAACAGCGGAUGAAUCGGUUGAAGAAGAAAGUACAAAACCUACCAGCUGGACCAAGUUUUCCUGCAACAAAAUCGAAACAAUAAAUGAAAAUGAAUUUAAAAUAGAACUUCAACUCGAUGCAGUCCUUCCAAAACCUGUGCAUCGGAAAAAGAACCUUAAAGUGGAAUCGAUGUCUGAACUGAAUCGAUGUCUGGCAGAUCCUUCGGACUGUCAAAACCCGACCUCGUCGAGCGACGAUUCGAAACCUGUAGCUGAACAAUUCGAUGAAGACUCGAAUUCGGAACAGAUGCAAUCCGGUGAGGUGGCAGACAUUGCCACGAACAUUGUCGAACAACACGAAGGGAAACCCUCAGCCACCAAGGUUUCUCUCAAGCAGGAAUCAGUCAACGUCAAACAGGAGCCAAUGGAUCUGGAACCUUUGGAUUCUGGUUCAUCGACAGCGAAGGCAGAAGUUAUUGAGGUUGCCCCUGACAUAUCGCUAAGUAAGAAUAUUGACAAUUUUACAGUCAUGAAACGAUACUUGGGGACGCCGACUGAAAAACCCAUCGUAAUCUCAUUCGAGGAAACAGACUCUACCGGAAGCGUCAUCCGAAGUGAAACCCUCGAAACGACAGAAAUUACCCAUGCCAAUCUGCUACAAACUAACCAGUGAAUGAAAUGUAAAAUUUAAGCUUGUAGUAAUGAUAGGUCUUUGUCGUACGAACCUUUUAUUUAAAUAUUAUGCGUUAUAAACAACUU